UUCAAAUUCCUUUUUGCAGUAUGUAUUGCAUAUCUACAAUAAAAAAAAAAUAAUAGCUCAAAGUCCAACAAAUCCAAAACAAUCCAACGAGCGAAGUACACUAAAUUUCAGCCCAUUAAAAGUGGACGUUUUUACGUUAUUUAGCGAGUACCUAAUCUUAAUUUUUUUAUUAGAUAACCCUUAAAUUUAAGUGUUACCAUUCCCCCUUAUUUACUGUGAUGUUUGCUUUGAGAAGAUCAACCGGAUUAAUUAAAAAUCACACAAAAUUAAUAGCAAAUAUGUGUGCUGUUAAGAAUUACUCACGAUUACAACUCAGUACACCAUCCCCGUUUGUUGUUCAUGUUGUGUUAAAUAGACCAUCAAAACGAAACGCUUUGGAUACUGAUAUGUGGUUUGAAAUUAAGGAAUGUUUUGAAAAACUUAGUUAUGAUGCUGAUUGCAGAGUGGUUGUUUUAUCAGGAGAAGGAAAAAUGUUUUGUGCUGGAAUUGAUUUGAUGUCCAUGAGUGGAGCAUAUCAAGAAUUGGAAGCUGAUGGUGAUUUGGCAAGAAAAGCAAAAAUAUGGGAUCAAAAAAUCCCAUUGUUCCAAGACUGCCUCUCUGCCUUAGAGAAAUGUUCAAAACCUGUUUUAGCCGCUGUACAUUCAGCCUGUAUUGGCGCUGGUGUUGAUAUAAUAACCGCUGCUGAUAUUAGAUAUUGCACUAAAGAUGCUUAUUUUCAAGUUAAAGAGGUUGAUAUAGGAAUGGCAGCUGAUGUUGGAACUUUACAAAGAUUACCAAAAGUUAUUGGAUCCGAUAGUUUAGUGAGAGAACUGUGUUACACAGCGAGAGAAUUACAUUCAGAUGAAGCUUUAUCUUGCGGACUUGUUUCAAAAGUUUUUGAUUCAAAAGAAAGCUUGAUAGCGGGAGCUUUGGAUGUUGCAAAAUUAAUCGCAUCUAAGAGUCCGGUGGGGGUUCAAGGCACAAAAAAGAGUUUGGUUUAUUCUAGAGAUCAUACGGUCCAAGAAGGGCUUGAUCACAUUGCUUUAUGGAAUCGAUUCAUGUUACAAAGCGAAGAUCUUCAAACGGCUGUUGUUGGGGCUAUAUCGAAAGAAAAAGAUAUUCCAUUUUCAAAAUUAUAAUUUUUACAAGUUAAGGAAUGAUUAAUUAAAUGUUACACUACA